ACGUGUAUCUGCCCGGGGUCAAGCGGCAGAGACGGUGGGCGGCAGACGGCGGAGUGAGGCGAGCCGACGUAGGGAUGACUCUGAAAUCGGCUGGCGGUCGCUUCUACAGCACCCGUUGCUGCGUCUUCUGCCAUGUUCGCACCGGGACCAUCGUCCUCGGGACUUGGUACAUGGUGGUGAAUUUGCUGAUGGGCAUUUUGUUGACUGUGGCAGUAACUCACCCUGAAACUGUGCCCCCACUGGAUAUACAGUAUGAAGUUAUCGGAAACUACUAUUCCUCAGAUAGAGUAACAGAAAAUGCUUGUGUUGGGUUUACCAUCUCUCUUUUGAUGUUUACUAUCAGUGCCAUGUUGGUGUAUGGUGCUGUCACUCAUCGUGGAGGAUGGCUGAUUCCAUUCUUCUGUUACUUGUUGUUCAAUUUUGCUCUUUCUUGCCUUGUUGCCAUCAGUUCUCUCACCUAUGUGCCCAGGAUCAAGGACUAUCUUGACCAGUUGCCUGAUUUUCCUUACAAGGAUGACCUCCUUGCUUUAGACUCGAGUUGUCUUCUGCUGAUGGUUCUGCUUUCCUUUACCAUUAUCAUAACUAUUAAGGCUUACUUCAUAAACUGUGUUUGGAACUGCUACAAGUACAUCAACAAUAGGAACACACCUGAGAUAGCUGUGUAUCCAGCUUUUGAAACACCUAUUCAGUAUGUGCUGCCAACCUAUGAAAUGGCUGUGAAGAUGCCAGAGAAGGAACCUCCACCUCCAUACAUGCCUGCUUGAACACAAUGUAAAUCAAAAGCAAAAUGAGCAUUUUUCUUAAAUUUGAACCUGAUAAUCUUGCAUUUAAGCUUUGAAACUUUGUAAGAGCAAUACUGUUUUGAGUAAGCCCUUGAGUAUCUAGGAGAAUAUAUUUUGUAUGUAAACAUGAUUAAAACUAAACCUUGAAUAUUGAAAUUUUUUAAACUAUUUCAUAAUUAGUUGUGUUUUUUUUGAUCCUUCUACUUCAGGCCAAGAUUUUCAUUUGAAUUACCCUUCAUUAAAAAUUACCUGGGAACAAUUUUAGAUUUACCUUGUAACAUUGAGUGGCAAGUUGAUUGCUUUAAGGAAUGUUGAGGACCAAGCUUGUCAUCAAUUUGAAACUUAACCAUUUGAACUGGAUGCACAAAGUUUUUUUGCUGGGAGAUGGUGCAGAGCUUUAAAUUACAAUACUUGGUUUCUACCACUAGAGGUUCUAAGUGAUCCAUUAUUGAUGCAACCUCCAGAGACAGAAAUCAUGUACUGCACAGAAUAUUUCCACUGAUCCAUCCAAGUUUCUGUGGGCUAUAGGUUUCAACAGUUGGUGAAUUGUCUAUUUGCAGUAUGGAAAUGUACUGUUGAAUAUAUGGAUCAAAUGUACUCAUGCACUUGUCUGUGCUUUUCUCAAUUUGUUUUAAGAUUCCUUUCGGUAUAAUUUGGAUCCUUUUUAAGUGUGAGAAAAUAAAGACAUUGCUGUUUUCUGCAUUGUA